ACGGGCACAGGGGGGGAAGGUCCGGACGUCGCGUCCUGGUGGGGUGGAAAAUCGCUCCGCCUCGCGCAACACCGUGUCUCCACCGUGACAGCCGUUUUUCUUUGUUCUGGUAGUGGGACGCCAACAAGACUCCAGUCCGCGCAGUCCGGAGUGCCAAAACACCUGCCAGCUUCAGAGCUUCGUCCAUCAAGCAGGUGCGAUCCCGUAAGGUGAACUCCAUUAGACCCCCGUUUUCGGCGACGAACAGAGGGUCCAGCUCAUAUCCCGUUCCUGGAUCCCGCGAACCCGAUUAGUAUUGAUUUUGGCGAACGUCAGACGACCGGAGCAGCGAAUAAAAUAAGAGAAAGAAAAAAAAAACACACACACAGUGCGAGAUGCGUCCCAGCUUCAGCAGGCGUCAGUGAGAAGUCCCUUUUGCCAGUGGGUGGGCAAACAGUGACAGUGUGUGACAAGGACGGAAAGAAAGAAUGGAUGCUGCGAAAGGCACUCGGUGUCCGUGCGGGGGGGUGUGAGUGAAGACAGAACGGCGUUUUGGAGUACCUUCGUAUGAGUUCGGUAGCGAGACGAGGGAGCGGGGAAUCAACCAAACCGGAGCGGAGACGAUGGCAGGCCAGGACUCGUACGGCUUCGUUGGGACGUGGGAGAUACUGGAGUCGCAUCUCGACGGCACCGGGGAGAAGCUAGGUCUCGAAGGCAUCAAGUUCCGCCUGGACGAGAUGGGAGAUAUCAUAUGGUACAACGAUCUGAUCAACACGAACAGCCGGAAUGGUGGUGGUGGUAGCGGUGGUGGUGAACCGGACGGUCAGCACCGGUGGAGCUCGGCGCUGGACGGGUCCGCCUUCUGCCCGAUCAACGACUCGGCGGCGGUACUGUUCAGCUGCGAGACGUUCGAGAUCGUGGAGCUGUCGUCGAACGGGCCCGGGCUCAUCUUUGGCGCGUACACCGGCCACAGCAUCGAGUUCCGGACGAACCUGUACAACCCGGGCGAGCGGAUGUCGCUGCGGUGCGACGGCUGGUGCGAGCUGCUCUGCCAGCGGGUGAAGGACGACCAGUCCGUCGGCCAGGAGGAACCGUUCACCCUCAUAUCCGUGCUCGACGACGGCAACUUCUGUGAUGUGACUCUCAAGAGUUGUGAUAACAUGAUCUACAAUGUUCACUCGCCGAUACUGCGUCUGAAUGGGUUCGACUGUAGUAGUAUGACAGCCGCCUCGACCUACCAGCAUCUGGCCAGUCGUUUUGAGUGUGCGGAGCAGGCGCAGGCACUCGCCGCCGCCCAUCCGCCACUGAUGAAGAUGUCGUCGGUGCCGUGUGCCCGGACUGCGCGCACUAACAGCAGCGCCGCCAGCCCGUCCCGUGCGUCCGUGCUCGGCCUUGCGCCCACGUUCAGCGUCAGCGCGAGCGCCACCCCGAGCAUGCACGCGACCGGUGGCGGCUCGAUGACGAUCCUCAAUCCCAACUUCCUGCUGCCGCCGACGCUCGAGCCGUACAACCUGUCGCCGAAGCAGCUGACCCACAUAUCCAACUCCUUCAACUGUUUGGCACCGAGCGCCGGGGGAGGAGACGGUAGCGGCAGCGCUGGAUCAAUCUUCCUGGACGUACCGAAGCGUCACCAGCAGGCAUCCUGCUCCGACUCGAAUCUGAACGUCGACCGGAACGUGUUCUACUUUCCGGACGCGGUGCCAGUUUGCCGGGGCGUCAAGUUUAAGCCGCCACCGUCAUCGCCGUUUCGGGCACGGAGCCCGUCGCCAUUUCCGAUAACGUCGUUGGAAACGCCACCCUCGUCACCGCUCACUCCACUGUCGGUGCUGGGCAACAUUCCCUCGAAGCUGCUGGCGACGAUCCUCCACUGGCUGUACUGCGAGUGUCUGCCGGAGCAGCUCGACGAGGACUCAUGCAUACAGCUGAUAAACAUGUGCGAAAGCACGACACCGCUGAGCCGCAUGAUCGAACCGUGCAAGAACUACCUGAGGAACAUCCAGCUCAAGAAGUUUGUCAUCGACAUCAUCAACGAUCUGCACGACAGUCUGAACCACCUGAUCCAGAUGGUGAAUCCGGGUACCAUUUCCCACAGUCCCUGCGUCCUCUGCCAGGUGUUCAAGGAGGGCGUUAAAGAGUGUCUCACUGCGAUCGUAAAGCUGCUGCAGUUCUGUAACAUCUUCACCAAGGACGCGACGACCUUCACGCGGCAACAGCGACACGAAAUCAUCAAGUACGUACGCACCCGCAUGCCGAUCUAUCUGUCGCAGGUGCACCAGCUGCUGCAGAACGUCAACCUGGUGCUGGGCAGUCUCACGCAGGAGGACCGCAACGACCUGGUGUCUUACCUGGUGCCGGAAAUAACGGGCGCACUGGAAGUCCUCAGUGCGGCCGUGUCCGAGAUUAAACUGUCGCUCGAGAAGGUGUGCAAGGAUUUGAAGAGCUCACAGCAGCAGCAACAGCAGCUUUCGGACGGCGGAGCCCAAUGUCGGCCACCACCAUCCGGAGGUCGAAUUGGUGGUGGUGGUGGUGGUGGUCGCACUGGCCAACAGGGAACUCGGUCGGCGGAGCGUACGGCUGCGAGCAGGGCGCGUACGCGUAGUGCCGCCACCGACCAGACCCGCCUCGGUCAGAGCUCUUCCGAGUCCGACCUGAAGUUCUUCCUGUACAUGUACGAGGUGAAAAAGAUGCGCGACAUCUAUGGGCGGGUGACGAGCACGCUCGAGGUGCUGCUGCACAAGAAGAGCACGUUCAACGAGAUGAACCUGCUGGACCAGCAUCAAACGGUGCGGCGCAACCUGGAGCAGCUGGCGGUGGAAGUACCGGCCGCCAUCGGGCAGCUCGAGGAGCUGUGCGACACGAUCGACGAGAAGAUCGGCUGGAAGGAGUUUAAGUUUUGCUUCAAGUUUCUCACCAGCCAAGUGAAUGGUAUUGUCUCGAAGCUGUUGGAGCAUAAAUCUGCCUUAAACGAUGCGAUGCUAUACAUCUCCAACCUGGUGCAGAAGGAACAGUUCACCGGUGCGCUGGUCGAGCUGGGCUUGCUCGAUAAGCGCAGCGUGGAACCGGCAAUACUGCACGAGUGCGCCAAGAGACGCUGCACGGUUCGGUCGAGCGGCCAGCGGCAGCUGGAGUACGCGACGGUCAAGGUGAACCUGGUGCAGAACCUCUGCGAGCCACCGACGGCAUCGCACAGCAGCCUCUCGAAGAACGCGCUCAAGCUGCUCCACUCGGGCCAGCUGGCGGACAUGGAGUUCGAGGUGAUAGUGUCGCUGGCGGACCAUCAGAACGAGAACGUCGCCUCCACGUUCGACUUCAGCCCGGACGAUAGUCUGCCGCUGAACGGGGCUGGUGGUCAGUCCGGGUCGGGUGGUCGCACUGGCCGCGCGAUCCUGGCGGACAACAGCAACACGGCGGUCGAAAUGGACGUCGGCGGCAGCGGCACGAGAAGCACCGGCAUCGUCAAGGGCUCGCAGUCGCACUGCUUUAAGGCGCACCGUGUGAUAGUGGCAGCCCGGUGUGACUGGUUCAAGAAGGCGCUCAUAUCCGGCAUGCAGGAGGAUAUUAAUCGCAAGAUCAUCAUCUACGACACCUCGCCUGUGAUAUUCCGGCGGCUGCUGCUGUACUUGUACGGCGCCCCGGUCGACAAGUCGGUCGGCGUCGACCAGCUGUGCGAGCUGAUGCUGCUGGCCGACCGCUACUCGGUCGACAAUCUGAAGGCGAUCUGCGAGGAAACGCUGGUCGCCUCGAUCGACAGCGACUCGGUCAUCUGCCUGUACGGCAUCUCGGAUCGGUUCAACGCGGGCACGCUCAAGGCCCGCUGCCUGUCGUACCUUUCGCAGCACAACGAGCUGACGCAGCGCGACAUCUUCCAGGAGCUUCCGUUGUAUCUGCAGAACGAAGUGCAAGAGCUGAUCCGCUGGUGUGGCCGGGCUCCGGAGCCAUGGUGCGAUCGGCUGGAGCGCUCCCGGUCGGAGCGGACGCGCCACUGCCUGAAGAGCCCCUCCAAGGCAUCGAAGUCGUCGUCGUCAUCGAGGUCGCGCAAAUCCUCCCCGUCGUUCAUGUGACCGUGAUCGCGCAGACGAUACGGUGCGGCGGCGGCUGUG